ACAAGCUGCCUGCAUCGUCACCUUCCAACCAUCUCUGGACCUGAUCGCAAUCCGUGCAUUCAUAUUUUAAAUGCAAUGCAAAAUGCAAAGGGAGUCAGAUCAUUAGAACUUCCCCUUAUUCCAGCCAUCAGCACCUCAGCUAAAUGAAGCUGACACACAGGCACACACACACACAUACUGAUCCACGCACAUGCACAUGCAGUGCCUCCGUGUCUCCCACUGCUUCUCUCUCGCUCUAGUCUUCAGUAAUCUCCACAUUUAUACAGAUUUAUCCAGCACCAACUAAAGAUUUUUUUUCUGUUCAAGCUGCUUUCCAGCCAUCAGCACUUCCAAGGGAGGGAAAAAGAGAGAGAGAGAGAGAGAAAAAAUAGAUCCAAAUCAAGAUUACUACAGCCUUCUAUCUCUACUCACAAGCAUCUGAUAGCUAUUCCUUUGGCUGCCUGUUCCCUGUCUUGUGAUUUUUGACUUUAUUUCGACUCUCUCUGCAAUCAACAUUGCAUCAUUCUUUCACUUAUCUUAAUUUCGUGAAGGAGCUAUACAUAUAUAUUUUCUGGGGGCUGUUGAUUAUUUUGUGGCUUUGUUCAAAAAGAGAGAGAGAGGAUCGUCUUACUAUUUCCAUGGAGAUACUCAUUUUCAUCUAAAACACAAUCCAGGCAAAAUGGGAUUGAGUAAUUCUGAAGACAGGGAGGAUUUCCUUCAUUGUUUUUGGGACGUGUGCAGUUGCUAGUGUCCUAGAGAGAUAGCCACAGAUUUGGAGUGAAAGGCCAAAUGACAUAGGAUGAAGGCUGUUCGUAAUUUGCUGAUUUAUAUAUUUUCCACCUAUCUACUGGUUAUGUUUGGAUUUAACACUGCCCAAGACUUUUGGUGCUCAGCAUUGGUGAAAGGAGUAAUUUAUGGAUCUUAUUCAAUAAGUGAAAUGUUUCCCAAAAACUUUACUAACUGCACCUGGACAUUGGAAAACCCAGAUCCAACCAAAUAUAGCAUCUACCUGAAAUUUUCCAAAAAGGACUUCAGCUGCUCCAACUUUUCCCUUUUGGCUUAUCAAUUCGACCAUUUCUCUUAUGAGAAAAUACAGGAUCUUUUGAGGAACAACCAUUCUAUAAUGCAAUUAUGUGAUACAAAAAAUGCCUUUGUUUUUCUUCACUAUGAUAAAAAUUUUAUCCAGCUUCGUCGGAUAUAUCCAAUUGAUUUCACUGGAUUACACAAAACAGAAGAUGACCAAAAAUCCUUUUUGGAGUUUCUGGUAUUAAACAAGGUGAGCCCGAGUCAGUUUGGGUGUCAUGUCCUAUGCACUUGGUUGGAGAACUGCUUAAAAUUUGAAAAUGGGAAAACAGAGCUCUGUGGGAUUAUGUAUACAAAAUGCACCUGUCCCCAACAUUUAGGAGAAUGGGGGAUAGAUGACCAGUCUUUGGUGUCACUAAACAAUGUCAUCUUACCCUUGAAUGAGCAAACUGAGGGCUGCCUCACCCAGGAGCUUCAAGCCACCCAAAUCUGCAACCUAUCAAAAGAAGCAAAACGCCCACCCAAAGAAGAAUUUGGAAUGAUUGGAGAUCAUACAAUUAAAAGUCAGCGACCAAGAUCUGUUCAUGAGAAAAGGGUCCCCCAGGAACAAGCUGACGCUGCUAAAUUUAUGGCACAAACUGGUGAAUCUGGUGUUGAAGAGUGGUCCCAAUGGAGUACAUGUUCAGUUACUUGUGGUCAAGGGUCGCAGGUGCGAACCAGAACUUGUGUACCACCUUACGGGACACACUGCAGCAGCCCCUUAAGAGAAACAAGGGUUUGCAAUAACACUGCCCUCUGUCCAGUAAAUGGAGUUUGGGAAGAGUGGUCACCUUGGAGUUUAUGUUCUUUCACAUGUGGAAAAGGCCAAAGAACAAGAACAAGAACAUGUACCCCUCCCCAGUAUGGAGGAAGACUCUGUGGUGGGCCUGAAAUUCAGCAUAAACCAUGCAACAUUGCCCUUUGUCCUGUUGAUGGACUGUGGCAGGAAUGGAGUUCUUGGAGUCAGUGCUCAGUGACCUGUUCAAAUGGCACACAGAAGAGACAGAGGGAAUGUUCUCCGGCAUCUCAUGGUGGCUCUGACUGCAAGGGACCAUACAGUGAAACCCGUGAAUGUCAUAAUCAGGAUUGUACAGCUAAUGGACAGUGGAACCAGUGGGGUCACUGGAGUGGAUGUUCCAGGUCAUGCGAUGGUGGCUGGGAAAAACGGACUCGAACUUGCCAAGGGGCCACCAUCACUGGCCACCAAUGUGAAGGGUCUGCUGAGGAUGUUAGGAGAUGCAGUGAGCAAAGAUGUCCUGCUCCUUAUGAAAUAUGCCCCGAGGAUUUUUUGAUGUCUAUGGUAUGGAAAAGAACCCCAGCUGGAGACCUGGCAUUUAAUCGAUGUCCACUUAAUGCUACUGGUACCACUAGCAGGCGCUGCUCUCUCAAUCUUCACGGAAUCGCCUUUUGGGAACAGCCAAGCUUUGCAAGAUGCAUAUCAGCUGAAUACAGACACUUGCAGCUUUCAAUUAAGGAACAUCUUGCAAAGGGACAACGGACAUUGGCAGGUGAAGGGAUGGCUCAGGUCACCAAAACUCUGCUUGAUUUGACUCAAAGGAAGCAUUUUUAUGCAGGGGAUCUCCUGGUUUCUGUGGAAAUUCUUAGAAAUGUCACCGACACUUUCAAAAGAGCAAGCUAUAUUCCUGCAUCAGAUGGAGUACAGAAUUUCUUUCAAAUAGUCAGUAAUCUUCUUGAUGAGGAAAAUAAGGAGAAAUGGGAAGACGCACAACAAGUCUACCCAGGCUCUGUGGAAUUAAUGCAGGUGAUUGAGGAUUUUAUACACAUAGUUGGAAUGGGAAUGAUGGAUUUCCAAAAUUCAUAUCUCACAACUGGAAAUGUAGUGGCUAGUAUUCAAAAACUUCCGGCAUCAUCAGUUCUAACCGACAUUAACUUUCCAAUGAGAGGUCGAAAAGGAAUGGUGGAUUGGGCAAGGAAUUCUGAAGACAAAGUGGUUAUUCCAAAAACUAUCUUCACUCCAAUGCCAUCAGAAAUGGAUGAAUCCACUGUAUAUGUACUUGGAGCAGUAUUCUACAAAAAUUUGGGGUUAUUUUUACCCACUCUAAGAAACUUUACUGUAGUGAAUUCUAGAAUCAUUGUAGUUACUAUUCACCCAGAACCUAAAGCCGCAGAUGCUUUGGUGGAAAUUGAACUCGCGCAUUUAAACAACGGUACAUUGAAGCCAUACUGUGUUCUUUGGGAUGACGCAAAAUCGAACGACUCUUUCGGAACCUGGUCCACCCAGGGAUGUAAAACGGUGCUUACCGAUGCAUCCCAUACGAAAUGCUUAUGUGAUCGUCUCUCUACCUUCGCCAUUUUGGCUCAGCAACCUAGAGAAAUAAUCAUGGAUUCUUCAGGUACGCCCUCUGUAACUCUGAUAAUCGGCUGUGGUCUCUCCUGCUUGGCCUUGCUCACCCUUGCAGUUGUUUAUGCAGCACUAUGGAGAUAUAUAAAGUCUGAGAGAUCGAUUAUUCUGAUAAACUUCUGUUUAUCUAUCAUCUCAUCCAACAUUCUUAUCCUGGUGGGCCAGACACAGACACAGAACAGGGGUAUUUGUACUAUGACCACGGCAUUCCUCCACUUUUUUUUCCUGGCCUCAUUCUGCUGGGUUUUGACUGAAGCUUGGCAGUCGUAUAUGGCAGUCACCGGAAAAAUUAGGACAAGGGUCAUACGAAAGCGCUUCCUUUGCCUUGGAUGGGGCCUACCAGCAUUAGUAGUUGCCAUAUCAAUGGGCUUCACCAAAGCAAAGGGAUAUGGAACUACACAAUAUUGCUGGCUGUCACUCGAAGGAGGGCUUCUCUAUGCCUUUGUUGGACCCGCUGCGGCUGUUGUAUUGGUCAACAUGGUAAUUGGGAUUUUAGUCUUUAAUAAACUUGUUUCCAGAGAUGGUAUCCUAGAUAAAAAGCUCAAACACAGAGCAGGUCAGAUGAGUGAGCCUCAUAGCGGUUUGACGCUCAAAUGUGCCAAGUGUGGAGUAGUUUCAACAACAGCUUUGUCAGCCACCACCGCCAGUAAUGCCAUGGCAUCCCUUUGGAGUUCUUGUGUUGUUCUGCCACUCCUGGCUCUAACGUGGAUGUCUGCUGUUCUAGCGAUGACAGAUAAAAGAUCGAUAUUGUUUCAAAUACUUUUUGCAGUAUUUGACUCACUGCAAGGUUUUGUCAUUGUAAUGGUCCACUGCAUUUUACGGAAAGAGGUUCAGGAUGCUUUCAGAUGCCGUCUGAGGAACUGCCAAGAUCCCAUAAAUGCAGAUUCUUCAAGUUCAUUUCCCAAUGGACAUGCGCAAAUCAUGACAGACUUUGAAAAAGACGUGGACAUUGCUUGUCGGUCAGUUUUACACAAGGACAUUGGUCCCUGCAGAGCUGCCACAAUAACAGGAACACUCUCCAGGAUAUCAUUGAAUGACGAAGAGGAAGAAAAAAUUGUAAACCAAGAAGGAAUGAGCUACUCCACAUUGCCUGGAAACAUCAUAUCCAAAGUCAUUAUCCAGCAACCUUCUACGUUACACAUGCCCAUGAACAUGAGUGACAUAACCGAACAGUGUUUGAAGAAAGAAAACAGUGAAUUAAGACGGACUGUGUACCUUUGUACUGAUGACAACCUCAGAGCAGGUGACAUGGAUAUGGUCCAUCCUCAAGACAGAAUGAUGGAGAGUGACUAUAUUGUCAUGCCAAGAGGCUCUGGGAAUAUGCAGGCGCAAAUGAAAGAUGAGAACAAAAUGAACAUAGGUAUGGAUACUUUGCCUCAUGAGAGACUAUUACACUACAAAGUGAACCACGAUUUCAGCAUGAAUCCAGCAGUAAUGGAACAAUUUGGUAUAAAUUUAGAUCAACAUCUUGUGUCUCAAGAACACAUGCAGAGCCUUCCUUUUGAACCUCGCACAGCAGUAAAGAACUUCAUAGCUUCAGAGAUGGAUGAAAAUGCAGGACUAUCCAGAAGCGAAACAGGCUCUACAAUAUCCAUGAGCUCCUUAGAGAGAAGAAAAUCACGAUAUUCUGACCUUGACUUUGAAAAAGUUAUGCAUACAAGAAAAAGACACAUGGAACUAUUCCAGGAGUUAAAUCAGAAAUUUCAGACACUGGACAGAUUCCGGGAAAUACCAAAUACUGGAAGUUUGGACAACCCAGCAGUGAACAAGAGUCCGUGGGACAGUUUUAAAAACACAAGUGAAUAUCCACAUUACACAUCCAUAAACGUAUUAGAUUCAGAAGCAAAAGAUUCUUUAGAACUUAGACCCUCAGAAUGGGAGAAAUGUCUAAAUUUGCCUUUAGAUGUACAGGAAGGUGACUUUCAAACAGAAGUUUAACAUAAUCAUGAAAAAAGAAACCGAAACAAGACAGCAAAUCAUUGCACUGACACAUGAAAGACUUUUAAAAAAACCUGACAUCUAGACUAUUACGACUACCCAUGUCAGGUACAUCAUGUGCCAAAAGUCAGUGUUUCCUCUUUAUUUUUUUUCUCCUUUUUCCCUAGUCUACUCUCACUAGAGAACCUAGUGCAGAACCAGGUGUACAAAUCUUACCAUCAUGUGUUGUAAGUACCCGUGGAAUGGAUUUGUAAGGUAAUCUUUAUAGAUCAACCUCAAACAACGAUUCAUGUUGUAACAGCUUCAUUUGGUUUAGUUUUCAGAAAACUUCACCAUGAAGCACAAUGUAUAUAUGCAGUUUUUAAAGUUUAUAACAGUCUGUUUGGCCAUUACUACACUUUUUACUUUAUAAUAUAAAAAAGCAAACUUUUUGUCAUUAAAUGAAUGUUUGUUGAGCUACGUUCUUCAUUGCUUUAAAUGCAAUAAAGUAAUAAUCUCACUUUUAUAUGAAUAAUAUAUUUCACAUCUUUAUUAUUGCAGUUUUCUCUGGAAAGCUCUCCAUAGCUUUCUCUGCUGCAGCUCUGUAUAAAAUAUUUAAAAUGUUGUAUGGUGUAAAUAAACUUUUGUCUACA